AUGCCAGAGGGCGAACCCUUCCCUUGGGACAUUGGCGUUCACGAUGCCCACUGUCACCCCACCGACACAUUGGCCUCAGUGGCCGACAUCCCGCAGAUGAAAGCGACAACACUGACAAUCAUGGCGACACGUGGGGAAGAUCAAGAUCUCGUACAACAAACAGCGGUGUCACUAUCCGCAAAGAAAAGCCAAUCAACAACAGACCGCGUAGUCCCCUGCUUCGGCUGGCACCCGUGGUUCUCGCACCAGAUCCUGGACGACACUGCACAACCAACAGCUGCACAAAGCCCAGCCGAGCACAAGUCCACACACUACGCCGCCGUCCUAGCACCGUCUCCAGCCGAUGACCAGCCAUUUAUUGAUUUACUCCCUGUUCCCAAGCCCCUCUCAGAACUGAUAUCUGAAACUCGGAACCGACUCCAACAGUUCCCGAAUGCGUUAGUCGGCGAAGUAGGCUUGGACAGGGCAUUCCGACUCCCCAGUCCAUGGACUCCAACCGACAUCGACAACAGAGAUGACCAGCUUACACCCGGCUCACGCGAGGGCCGACGUCUCUCAAAUUACCGCGUUAAGCCGGAACAUCAACGCACCGUGCUAAAAGCGCAGCUACAGCUAGCGGGAGAAAUGAAUCGUGCCGUCUCGCUGCACAGCGUGCAAGCUCACGGCGGGAUCUUCGAAGUGCUUAAGGAGCUCUGGGCGGGACAUGAACGGGUUGUUCUAUCGCGACGGAAGAGGGACAAGCAGCGGGAUGCAGAAGGCGCUGUAUCUGGCGACGAUGAAGACGAUGACGAAAAUAAGACGCCGGACGGAUCUCAGUCUACUAAAUCAUCUGACCCCAAUGGGAAAUCGUAUCCGCCGUUUCCGCCUCGCAUCUGCAUGCACUCUUAUACCGGUUCUGUUGAGCCCAUUCGCCAGUUCUUGCAUCGGUCGAAUCCGUCGGAUGUUUAUUUCUCGUUCUCGAAAGUUAUCAAUUUCUCUGGUAAUGCCGGGAAGAAGGUUGGCGAUGUUAUCAAGGCUUUGCCUGAGGAUCGAAUUCUCAUCGAAAGUGAUCUCCAUGUUGCGGGUGCGCAGAUGGAUGACUUGCUGGAAGAUGUGGCCCGACAAGUUUGUCAGCUACGUGGAUGGGAGUUGCGGCACGGUGUGCAGGUGCUUGCGGAUAAUUGGCGGCGGUUUGUGUUUGGCUAG